AUGCCGGCUUUUCCUGGUGUGUCUGUUCUUGUUGUCAUUCCUGAAAUUGUGACAAGUCUCACACAGACGGAUAUAGAGAAAGCUCUCGACCUUUCAAAGUUGAUAUCAACAGGCACCAUCAUCACAUGGAAUGCAGUCGUAAUAGAUCUAAGUGACAUUGUAACAUGCCAAAGCGACUCGCCAUCCCUACAGCUUGAAUCUGCCAUUCGACACCUUGCGGCUGCAUCACCAUCACCACCAAAACUUAAACACGACUCUCUUCACAAUUUUGUUACGUUAGGUGUGUCUCAGUUUUUUAUUCGAGCUGUGAGUCGUGACAACAAGAGACGAAACGAUGUCGCUCUUGGAGAGCAAAAUCCAGACUCUAUUGUGGCUUUGUUCAAUAGAGUUAUUGAGCAUUUGAGUGAGUGUUGUGCUGGUGGUUAUCUUCGGAAUUAUUCAUGGCCUAUCGCAGAGUUUAGCCAUCAUGAGUGUGUUCCUCCUCUUUACUGGAAUUUAUCCGAGAGGCUCGCGUCUAUUCAAACAAACGUUUUAUCUGUACGUCUUCCUCUACCUUCAUCGGUUGGAUGGUCUCCAGAACUUGACUUAUCUACUGAAUGCAAAGUUUGUCGUCUUUAUGUUAAGAAUAUCUUAGCCGGUCCAAGCGAAAUGUCCUCGUCGGCUUUGUCUGUCAGAAUUCAUCAACUUUUGUCUGUUUCUGAGCAACCUGUUGGUGUUCAUUCUGAUUCGGAUGGUUUUAGUGAUCGUAGAUUAUCGACCGUCCCUUGGACUUGUGUAUUGAUUCUAUUGGCAAGUCACAGAGUUGCUGUUGUGACAUCAAGAGAGGAUCUUGUUCCUGGUGGCCAGAGCAACAAUGUGUACUAUGAACCAUCCUUGUAUGCUCACUUCGAAUUUCCCACCCAGUGGGUCAGUUCAAUGUCAGACUCAUUGCUGGGUGCAGCGUCGUGUGUACGCAGCUCACCGGGUGAUGUGCAGCAAUGCAGUGGUGGGAGUUCUGUUGUGUUAGGCGGAGAAUCGAGGCAACGUUUGAAUGAGUCAGAUGAACAAGAUGAAUCUUCUCACAUUCUUACUGCUUCUCCUCAUGUUGUCUCUUCCGCCCAGUCAUUUGCUGCUCGUCUUGGUGACUCCCUACAAGCAGCAGGCCAAGAAUGUGACAUAUAUGAUCGGCAACUUGAAAAUUGGCUGAAUUCUGGCAGCUCUGUUAUUACUUACCAACCGCAUGGCAGACCAGGACGUGUGCAGGAAACAGAGCUUGUUGAGACAAAGACUAACCAAUCAAAGGCUCAGCAUGAGGAGAAACUGAAACAAAGUCUUCAGCAGCUUCGGAGGCGGCUAGACAAAGAAAGCUGGUUGCAAUCAUUGGAAGAACGAAGUUUGAAACGUUUAUCAACAUCGACGAUGUAGCUGUUUGAUAUCAACACAGAUGCUUAAAUUAUAUUAUAAUUUUGCUACACGAAAACAGUUGAUUUAAUAAAAUUUGAGGUGGCAAUAAUUAAUUAUUUAAUUAACUCGUGUGUGCAUGAAUAAUAAAUAGCAUGAAACACGAUUACCA